AUAAAUGCCCCGUCAGAUGUUAAAACACAUUUGGAGGGAAUUAAUGAUACAGAGAGUAAUUUAUAUUCUUAAAUAUUGAUGAAUAAAGAAAAAAUUGGGCUCCAGCAGAAGGGGCACUUUUCUCAGCCAGGGAAAAAGGGCAAGUGCUUGAGCAACACAAGGGUAUUUGAGUGCAUGAGUCUGCUUGACGACGAGGUUCUCAAAGAAAACCGCCACACUAAUUGCCAGGUGAAGUUAGGUAUCGGACCCGUUAUCCCUUAAAGCCGCAUUCCUUCUCAAAGUGAGGUAAGUGGGCGUGGCUCAGUGCGCCCAGUGCGCAGCUGACACCGCGCGCCGCAGAGGACUAUAAGGUUCAGCAUCACGUAUCGCGGACUCAUUUCCGACUAUGGCUCAAUACUCACUGCAUGGGUCCAUAGGCAUACUGGGAAUCUCUGGCGGUUCCCUCCUGCUUUUGGUGAACGGCUAUGGCAGCUCACCUGAAAAAGAACUCAUCCCCUAUACAGCACUGGGGAUUUUGCUAAUAGUCAUUGCAGUCCUCUUGGCUUAUGCAGGUAUCUCUCGCAGUCUGUCCCACGCCCAGCUGUUUUCAUCUCUGUGUCUGACUGUCUCUGCCCUGUGGUUGGGUUCGGGUCUGGUGUACAUCCUGGUGGGGCAGGCGGUGCUGCAGCGUGCAGAGCUUAGAUCCGCUCUGGUCCCCGGCCUGGCAGCAUUCACCUUAGCGCUGCUAAUUAUAGGCUUUGUAGCAGUUAUAGUAAAGAAAGCAGUUCUAUUUCUCUUAGCAGUCGGCAUAAGUUUGGCAAGUGCGCAUCAAAUUGCCGGUUUGUCAGCUCCAGGUUUUGGUCAGUCUGCAACAGCUGCAAACUACCUUCUGGUCUGUGUGGUGGGUGUUUACUUUGGUUCUGGACGUCUGCUGUACGGCAUCACUCACGGUAAAUUGGAGCUUCCUGGAACGGGCUCGAGGAGAAAAGCCCAGCUGAAAACCGAGCAGAACCGAGGGUGUGAUGAUGCAGUGUCAGUGUGUCUGGUGAUGAACUUGCUUUCCGCCUCGGUCUUAGCCUGUCCUUUGUUAGGCGUGGUCCCUCAGCUUUCAACCGGUCACGUGCCCUGGCUGUGGACAGCGGGGGUCUUCCAGCUUGGCAUGUGUGUCCUCCUCUACCGGGCCAUGGACACACUGGCUGCCACGUUUUACGGCUUCACUGCUCUUUUGAGAUUUGCAGAGGGCUACAGCGCUCUCUUAUCACCCAUGGUUCAGCCUUUCUCCCCCGUUCCCUUUCCCGUUGUCUUCUCUGUGCUUUUCUUCAUCCUGGCUCUGUUCCAUUGUCAAAAGAGUUUGCUGGAGGGGAUCUACCCAUUGUUCUUUACAGCAUAUUGUAUCGCAAUCGCAGCCCAGCCUCGAGGUUUCUUUCAAGGAGGCACCCAGGGUGUUCAGGGAGCAAUAUUUGUCUUUACUGCCGGCAUGCUUUUCAUUACCACAUUCAAUAUGGUUUCCGCGACAAUGAUCCCUACAGGCCGGAGAUAUUUCAAGACUUUAGUGACUAGGAUAAAGAGUCUUACUCUCAGGGCCAAUGAUAAAGAUCUACAUGUACCUCACCUGGGCUACUCCAAGUAUGCCGAUGCAGAGGUGUUGGGCCACGCCUGUAAUGUGCUGGCUGCUUUUGCAGUAACAGCCACAGUUGAUGACCUGCAUCCUCUGUCUGUGCUGGUUCUGCCCUGGGUAGUGAUUGCUGGAGGAGCACUUCAGCUGCUCUGUGGUUCAGUAGCCUUUGCACGAGGUAAAACUUUUGAGAGCACAGUUUUCAUCGUGUAUGGGAUGAUGUGGACAGUGUGGGGUUUGACGCGAUACGGCGGUUUUUACGGUGAAACCCGAAGCUUUCAAGUGGCUGUCGGGAUCAUCAGCUUCAUGCUGUUUAAUUGUCUAGUGACCAUUGCAGCGCUGUUUCUAAGUGUCACUUGGUUUAUUUACGCCCUCACCUUCCAGCUCAUCCUCAUUAGCUUCCUGUUAGACGCAGUAGGUGCGCUGCCUUAUGGUUACGACAUAGGCGUCACAAUAAUUUUCGGUCUGGUCAGUUUUUACAGUUUCCUGGCGCACCUUUUUAACAGCACCUUCGAGUCACCGCAAAUACCGUUAGGAAAACCUCUAGUCAAGCUGAGUGGGGUUGGAGGAGGCACAGAGAUCUGUCCGCAUGUACCCGGCCGCAAAGCCACAUCCGUCCAGCAGAUUGCAGAAAUCAUGAAAAACGGUGGCAUAUGUGGGAUGCCUACUGACACCGUCUACGUGCUGGUUGCAGCCUGCAACAGGCCAGACGCAGUUGUCAAAGCAUUCAAGGUGAAGAAACAGGCGCAGGACCGCCCAAUGUCCAUGUGGAUCUCCUCUAUCAAACAGCUGGAGCCAGUACGACAUCUGCUGAGCCCUCUGCUCCUUGACUUCAUGGAGGCCGCGUGGCCCUCCUCCAUCAGCAUGGUUAUACCCAGAGGCCCAUGGAUGGACACCUUUGGUUUAGGAGAUGCUGCCAAACACAUCGGGACUCCACAAAGUAUUGCAAUCAGAUACCCAGACUGUGCUGUGGCCACACAUCUCAUUAAUAUGGUGGGCCCCAUUGCCGUAACCUCAGCCAACCCUUCGGGUGAGGCAGACACAACUCACCACAACCAAGUUUUUGCCAAGCUGGGAAAAAACGUGGAUGGAGUGUUAUGUGAUGGACCCUCCCCUGAGAAUAUUGCAUCUACUGUGGUUGACUGCACUAAGAUUGAAACGGGGCAUAUAGGUUUCUUCAGAGUGGGUCUCAUUCCCAAAUCUAAGGUUCUUCAGAUCUUUGAGGAUGUUCAAAAGCGGCACAUAGGCGGGCAGAUAAAUCCUGCUUUUGAAAAUGAUCUGCAUCCGUCAGAUACACAAAGAAACACAAGUUCAGGAGAAGAUGACACAGUCGAGUCAGGAAGUGAAAACUCAGCGAUAUCCACGGUUUCCCUGGAACAGACCUUUGAAAUGGGUCAUGAUAUCGAUACACUGCUUUAAAAUGCUGCCAAAUGUAUCUAAAAUUUGGAUUCACAACAAAUAUGGGAGAAUUACUGAGUUGUUGCCUUACUGUUGUUUAAAGAGGUCUCAGGUUCCACUACACAGGGACAACCCAUCAAUCGGUUCUUGUGCUGCUCUUUCAUGGUGAAUAAUUUUAUAUUUUACUAUGUGCACUUGUACAUUGUAUCUAAAUGUUGUAUAUUGAUGAGAUAACUACAAUAUUCACACAGCCUCUAAUGUACUCACUUAACUAACUUGUUAAUCUUGAUUUGUGUUUUUGUAACUUUAAAUGUUUUCAAAUCUUAAUUGUCUAUUUUUUUUAAAUUUUAAGUCUUUCUCAGUUUUCACAUUGAAAUAUACAUUCAAAAGCAGCAGCAUAUUAUUCAUAAAAUACUAUUUGAAUAUAUUUCUGGCUCUAUAAAAAAUACUAUUCAUAUUUAUCAUUAUUUCAUUUACAGAUCAGUGCCCAAAAUGUAAGUCAUAAUUAUGAGAUGGAAUAUCAUAAUCAUGAGAUCAUCAUGAGCUAUCAUAUAGAGAUACAAUAUCUAUGAUUAUGGUACAUUCGUUCAUAUCCAGCGUGGUUCGAAUGUGUCGUGUUGCCUCAAACGCUCUAAACGCACCGCAGGUCUCUCGGGGUACAUUUCUGGUCAAUUCGCGUGUGUCACAUAUUCGCGCCUGACGCAACUGAGAGGGGGGCGUGGGCUAUCACCGUGAAACAGAUCUGUACUUGUACUUGUCAUAGCAACUCUUUACUUGUUGUGAAAGUUCUACUCACGUCGGACCACAAAAUAGAGUUGUGUUUUUGUACUAAAUAGCAUCUGUAGGAGCAGACAGCUUGGUGAAUUUCACAGACAUCUACAUGAACUGCAUCUGGAUGACUGCCGCUUCCAGCGCUACAUGGUGCUAGCCACAGCCUUGAGGGCUGUGCGAGGCUGGCGUAGCUUUUGACACUAGUCUAGAAAAAUGGGUUGACGCACGCAAGAACACAAGAAGAGGGGAAAAGGCGAGCAAGGGGCUCUUGCUUCUAAGCAUAAACUAGGCCUAACACAAACAAACCAAUACUUAGGUUAGCUAACAUGUUAGCUAGGCCGAGUGCUUUGCCUUCCGUUAGUGUUGGUGGCGUUGGUAGCUUAGCUUCAGUUACCCGCGCUUUACCCCGCGCAUUAGGUGAAUGAGAUAUGUACAGGUGAGGAAAGACACAUUAAGCAACACGCCAUGCUUUUGCACCACGUUUAUUUUUGUUACUAGUGAGACUCCUUAAUCUAUAUUUUUCCUUCAUUGAUAAUGUGUUAAAUAUACAUUUUGCCAAAUGUUCUCCGUUCUUUUGAAAGAUUCAAAAAGAAGAAUUUAAUCAAUUGUACAUACCGUUUACAUGAAACCUGUCACCUUUCUUCAGAAUUAAGUUACACAAGUGGACCUGAUGCAGACCUUCCUGUCAUCUUCUGAUGCACACUCAUUGCAGAGUAUUAAUCAACAAGUAGUUUAGGAAUGUGGUAUAGCAGGGUUUCUAAAUUAGAUUUGAGCUUGGACCAAAAUUGUGGGGACAAGAGAUAUUUGCACUAUUAAGUUUAAGACAAGACAUCAAUAAUGAAAAGAUGCCUCUUGUGCUGUUAUAGUGACACUAAUAAUUGGGCAUCAUCGUGGGUACGUUUGUAUAUUUGCUGAGAAAUAUUAUGUGGUUGCAUCUUUCCACUUUUUUAAGAACUACCAAAAUACAAAUUGGUCUGUCACCAAUUUGGUGUUAUACCCCUUUUCUACUGUGGUCAGCACACAUUUUUUAUUUCAUGUCCAAUUGUUAAUGUUACUGAUGGAUAAACUCAUACUAUGUAUACUCAUAGAUAAACAAAGGAUAACACGCAGAUUAAUUGAACCAUAAAACAUGAACAUUUCCAGAAACAUUUUUGCUUCCUGGACCAAAAUGGGAACUUCUGGCGAUUUAAAAUGUAACCAUUAACAACCAAUAUAUCCAAAACUCUCACAGGUUCAAAAAGGGUUUGCCAGCCUCUGAGGGUGUGUGUGUGUAUUAGUGUGGUAUUUCCGGAUUAUGAGGACUUUUCACCUGUAUAUGCACCUGUUACUUACUGUAUACGCACUGACUUGUGAGGACAAAGGCCAUGUCCUCACAAGUCAAGCACUGCAGCCGCGCUUAAUAAGCCGUAAAUAACUCGUUUUUACCCGAUUUUUGUAGAGUGUGUGCUCAGUGUGUAAUAUCCGACAGUAUACUGUAUCAGUAUAUCGUAAAGCCUAGUUUAUGCUACUACGUUUUCAGAACGACGCAGACGCAAGACCCCCAUGCGUGUCCCUUGCGUGCCUUUUCACACCUCCCUGCAUCCUUGCGUGCGUCGACCCAUUUUUGUAGGCUUGCGUCGAAAGCCAUAGCACAAUGCCGCCGUUAUUAAAAUGAAGAAUGUUUACGAGAGAACGGAUCAGUUUGAAGAACUUCCGUAAAGAAAUGCGUAAAUAUGACCACUUCUACAAGCCGUCAUUGGCGGACUAUAAGGACACGCGGAUGGCCUCCCGAAUCAUGGAGGGAGACCAAGUAAACACUCAUUUUGUGAUUUGCAAGUUUCUAGAAAUCUUUGUCUGAGUUAAAAUCAGGCCAAAUUUUAUGGAAGAUUUCUUUUUUCUUUUUUAAUUGAAUACGGGCAAUAAUAUACAAUAAAUGCCCAUUAAAUGAUGCUAUGACAAUAUAAACUCAACAAAGCACUUGGGACCCCUGGGUGGGUUUCAUGAAAAAAUUAACCAACUUCUCCAUUGAUUUGUUAUCAGUUAACUUAAUAAACAUGAGUUUACCAUCCUCAUGUUUAUCACACCAAGAAAUGCUUUGAAACACUUUGACAAAUCAAUACACACUUGUUCUUUACUAUGAGAGAUAUCUGCACCCUUUUUUUAAGUCAGCCAAUUGCUAGAUAUCACAUCAUUUUGGAAAGAAAUCAAUGGCAUGGCAGAUAGAAUAAAACAAUAAAGGAAAAAUCUGGAUCUUUAUACAUGCAGUUCAAAAUGGUCAACAAUUAAGUAUUCAGUAUUUGGUAAUACAGGCAUGAAUCUAGUAAUGACAUAUGUAAUGUGUCGUGUCACUUGAUACAUUCUUUUCUUUUUGCAAAUCUAUAAACUAAAGCCCUGUUUCACAUGUUCAAUUAGAGGAUGCAUUUUUCAUAACUCCUUGAGUUGGGUUUUCCCUGCGUGUGGAUGGAAAUACAGAGAACAUUCCACAUAAAAUGUAAACAGCAGUUUCUCAUUCCUCUGCUGAACACGCAGCAUUCUAACUUCUCACUCUUGACGUUUCGCAACUCUGCUCUAGUCAAUAAGCAUCAAAGCAGUCUAGGGACAGCAAACACCGGUUACAUAAACUGCCGUGUGCCGUGUUGCCACAGCAACUUCCUCUCUGAGCAUGUACACAUGUAACUCAGGGCGUUUUUUUAUUGAAGUGUGGUCAACUGCGGCUUUACGUGGCAAGCGGCAGACGGCUCACCUUUCAUGAACAGAUACAGAAGAUCAGAUUCAGACGACUUAUCGUUCAUUAACCUCUCUCAUGAUUUCUAUUUCCACAGAUCAAUACACGAUGGGAAUUCAUGCUAAAAAUAAUAAAAUGAAUUUGGUUCGCUGCAGUGACAUUCGGCCACCUAAGCUCUAAAGCAAACUGUCCCUGGAUGCACAGCUGUAAAGCAAUCAGAAGCAGAUAGCACAGGCUGCAUUAUCAGCAAAUUGAGCAAUUCUUCCCGUCUGCGGGUGUUGCCACUGUGUUGGCCCGAGCCCACAGGUCAUCUGUUUCUUUGUCAACACUGAUAGGGCUCGCACAAGCCCAAUCUGUGCCACCCUGUGCUUGUCAGCCGAUCCUUAAUGGGAGCCGAGGAUUGACAGGUCAAAGCCACGGCUCCCUCACACGCAGCUACUGGAUCUGAUAAACCUCUCGUGAUGCUGCCGUUCGUUUCCAUUUGGGUUUGCUGUGUUCAUUUAAAAUAUAGCUGAAAUAUUCUCUGAUGUGACAUGUUUCGUGACAACUGACUUGAAAGGACAAAAAACAAAGAGGGUAAAAUUUAACAAAAAUAUUUGCAUUUGUCUUAUUUCACAGUUAACUUUUUGUUUGUAGACAAUGCAAUACAGGAAUGAGAUGACUUCACGUGGGUACGCGUGUUUUACAGUAAAGCAAUCGUAUAGAUUGUGUCAACAGUAUUAAUGUUAAUGACUCUGUAAAUUAAUUGGCUUAUGACAUGACAAAGUUCGCAGCUUUAUCAUAAUAUAUGGUAUUAGUGUAGGUCAGCAGUUAUUAGCAUGUGCAGCCAGAUGUUCAACCCUAUGCCCAAACCCACGUCAUGUUUAGUGGUUUGAAAUGCUACAUAGAUUGUAACAUGAUUAAGUAAAUUUAAGUCUUCAUUGUGAGACUCAGACAAACCCAAACCUCUUUCACAGAGGGGGUAAUAUGCAGAGAAACCGCAAUUUGGAUCGAGAUAUUUAUUCAUCAGAACUAAGAGGAAAACUACAUGCUAGUCAAAGAGAGCCAUGGCUAAAAAUCACAAUGACACCACAGGUAUUCAGCUCUUCAGCCCUUUAACACAACACAGAUUAGAUGUUUGGUGGACAAACAUUCCUUCUGAAACCAAAUGUUCGAAAAGAUUAGCUAAUGAUUAAGUGAAAGCAACUGAAACGAUCUUGGUUAUCAGGGUGUGGUUUAGGUUAAUACAAAUUACACUCAAAUGUGAAUCACCUGUCAAUACAAAGGUGUAGUUUUGUGAUUCACCAAAAGAAAAUAAUGCUCUGUAUGUCAUUAAUUAGGGACAAUAUCUGACAGUAUAUUUUGCCAUUUGAGCACAGCAUGUAAGCUAUUUUACAUAUAAUGGUUGAUCAGUAAGGAUGCUGGAAUCAGAAAGCUCAAAUGAUAUUGUUUGACCGUUCGUAUCGUUGACCUGACAAAUCUCAAGAAAACUGGGUUAUUAUGCAACAUGACAGAAAUGUAAACAAAAUAACUUGGGCAACAGAGCCAUUGCAAAAGUUGUAAUCAUAAGAGGAAAACUGAGCAAACUCCUGAUGCUGAUGAUGACCAAGAGAUGUGGUUGAAUACCCAAAGAAAGAACAGACAAACUUUUUAAAUUUAACUAUUAACAUGUUAAAAUUAAAGUGUAUUAAAGUUUUAGUCUUAAACAACUUUGCAACCAACAGUUUAUGAUGUUAAAAAACAUGAUAAACCACUUUCCCUAUUUACUUUACUUGUCUGUUUUGCCUUAAUGUUAACUUAAGAAUGUAUUAGGAGCUCUGGAGUUCUGUCCCUGAGGAGUAAAUGUUGAUGGUGAUGAUUUACCCUCCAUCCGUGCAGCUAAAUGUUACUAGACUGACGUGACAAUGAUCUAUGCAACUGUUGAAUUGUGGUUUUUUUCGGUUUUUAUGAUCAAUGUUUCUAUUGUUUUACUUGGGUCUGGCUUUUUUUAACGUCAAGCUGUUUUGUGUGGUGGAAACCGAAUAAAGGGAGACCUACAAAGAGAAA